GUUCCCUGCUUUUUACGACUUAUUCGGCACCCCGAAAGGCUGAAAGCGGCAGCUUCACCGGCUCUUCAUCUCCGUUAACGUAAAGAGGAUUUCCGUUUCUUUCUUCCUUCCAAGUGCCCGUACUGAAAUUCUCUCUAUUUCAUCUGUUCGAGCUCGCCCGCAUGAUAGUUUAGCCUCUCUCCGGCCUCACAGCCGGCGUUUCUGCUGCAAUGACGUCCAUCACUUCAGUCGAAUUGAAUUACCUCGUCUUCCGGUACCUUCAGGAAUCAGGUUUUAUACAUUCAGCCUUUGCUUUGGGUUAUGAAGCUGGCAUUAAUAAGUGUCCUAUUGAUGGAAAUUUGGUUCCACCUGCUGCUCUCAUUACUGUUGUACAGAAAGGGCUUCAGUAUUUGGAGAUGGAAGCUAACUUGAGUAAUAAUGACACAGAUCUAGAUGAAAAUUUUUCAUUCCUUCAGCCCCUGGACCUUAUUACAAAAGAUGUCCAUGAAUUGCGUCAAAUAAUCAAAGAUAAAAGGAAGAGUUUACUGAAAGAUAAAGAUGUGGAUAAAGAACUUGAAAGUGAACGUGGACGUGCAAGAGAGAAGGAACGACGUGAAAGUGAGGUUGAAUGUGGGCGUGCAAGAGAGAAGGAACGACUUGAAAGGGAGAAAGAAAGACUGGAAAGGGAUAAGGAUCAUGAUAAGGAUAGAGAUAAAAUAGAAAAGGAAAAGGAGAGAGAAAAGCAACAUGAGGAUCCCGAUAUGGUUAUGGAUCAAGAUGAGAAGGUGCAUGUGAACCAAGGAGAGGCUGGAGUUUUUGGAGGACCAGAACCAAUGGAUAUAUCUACAACCUCAAUAUCCCAGUCCUGUGAAAUUUCUAGUUCUGAUGUGACAAUUUUGCAAGGACAUACUUCUGAGGUUUGUGCCUGUGCAUGGAAUCCAACAGGUUCUCUUCUUGCAUCAGGCUCUGGAGAUUCAACAGCCCGCAUUUGGACAAUAGCAGACAGUAGCAGUAGGUCGGGAGCUCAAAGUAGUCCGUUAAACGUGUUGGUGUUGAAGCAUGUUAAGGGUAGAACUAACGAGAAGAGCAAAGAUGUUACUACACUAGAUUGGAAUGUAGACGGGACUCUGCUUGCUACUGGUUCAUAUGAUGGACAAGCUAGGAUUUGGAACACCAACGGCGAGUUAAGGAGCACAUUAAGUAAGCACAAAGGACCCAUAUUUUCUCUAAAGUGGAACAAGAAAGGCGAUUAUCUUCUCACCGGAAGCUGUGACAAAACUGCUAUUGUUUGGGAUGUGAAGGCAGAGGAAUGGAAGCAGCAGUUUGAAUUUCAUUCAGGUCCAACGCUUGAUGUGGAUUGGCGCAAUAAUGUAUCAUUUGCGACAAGUUCCACGGACAAUAUGAUAUUUGUCUGCAAAAUUGGAGAGACUCGUCCUAUUAAAACUUUUGCAGGACAUCAGGGUGAAGUGAACUGUGUCAAAUGGGAUCCCACGGGAUCAUUGUUGGCUUCGUGUUCUGAUGAUAUCACAGCUAAGAUAUGGAGUAUGAAGCAGGACAAGUAUGUUUAUGAUCUGAAAGAACACUCCAAGGAGAUAUACACCAUAAGAUGGAGCCCCACUGGACCGGGUACCAACAAUCCAAACCAGCAGUUAGUGUUGGCCAGUGCAUCAUUUGAUUCAACAGUGAAGCUGUGGGAUGUAGAACAAGGGAAACUCAUCAACAGUUUAAAUGGACAUAGGGAACCUGUAUAUUCUGUUGCAUUCAGCCCAAAUGGUGAGUACUUGGCCAGCGGAUCUCUUGAUAAAUCAAUGCACAUAUGGUCACUGAAGAGCGGCAAGAUUGUUAAAACAUACACCGGUAACGGGGGUAUUUUUGAAGUUUGUUGGAACAAAGACGGUGAUAAAAUCGCUGCCUGUUUUGCCAACAACACUGUUUGUGUCUUAGAUUUCAGAAAGUGAGAUUUUCAGAAGUUCCCAUAGAGGAUCAGCUUCAUAUAUAUAUGUACUUUUUUAUUACCAUGUGCGAUGUUCUCUAACCUAGACCUUAGACUUAACUCGUCAAUUUAUAUUGUUCGACAACAAUCCUUCUACAAUGUUUUAAACCUUGUGUACAGCAUUUGUAACUGCGGUUAGAAAUUCUCGAACUUUUUAUUGUUUUUUAA